CUAACCGGUAAUUAUUGGUACUGGGAAGUGGGAAACUAAAACACAGUGUGUGUUGUGUUGUGUUGUGUUGUGUUGCAGGAACUGAAACUGAAGCGUCUUUGCAUUAAUAAUCUGAUUCUGAGCUUCGGAUAUCUUCCCAUUUUUACAAUUUCGCUAUUGCUCUGAGUUCAGGCGGAGCGACACCGUUCAACACUCCUCUUCUCAGCACAGUACUUGCAGGUUUUAUAUAUAUAUAUACAGCAUCUAGCAGGUUGUUAAAAAUAUGGCCAAGCAUCAUCCUGAUUUGAUUAUGUGCCGGAAGCAGCCAGGAAUUGCCAUUGGACGACUUUGUGAGAAAUGUGAUGGCAAAUGCGUGAUAUGUGACUCUUAUGUGCGUCCUUGUACACUUGUCCGGGUUUGCGAUGAAUGCAACUAUGGAUCGUUUCAGGGUCGAUGUGUCAUAUGUGGAGGAGUAGGAAUAUCAGAUGCUUACUACUGCAAGGAAUGCACACAGCAGGAGAAAGAUAGGGAUGGUUGCCCCAAAAUAGUUAAUUUAGGGAGUGCCAAAACUGACCUGUUCUAUGAACGCAAGAAGUAUGGUUUUAAGAAACGAUGAUGAGGGUGAAUUACUGAAAUAUUUGUAUUUCUCUAAAACAUUUUCGCUUCAUGUGUUUUCCUGAGAUAUCAGAACCAUAGGAUUUCAGACCUUAUGCAGGUAAACUUUUAUCCGAUGCAAUUGUUGAUGAUACAAGUAUAUGACUAGUUGAAUACUGAUCAUAGGAUUAGCCAGUGUGGAAAUAUCAACUUGAACUACGAUGAGACCAUUGUUGUUUGUUUAUUUAGACACUACUUAUUAAGCUACCCCCUUCUCAUUUUUAUUUUAUUU